AUGGGCAAGACACUUGUCGUAUUUGACUUUGAUUGGUCAUUUGUCGAUCAGGAUACCGAUCGAUGGGUAUUCGAGGUGCUCUCGACAAAGCUCAGAAGACUCCUCGAGACUAGGAAGAGCGCCGGGAGUCAAUGUACGCCAGACGUAGUCAACGACACCAUGGGUGAUCUUGCUGAGGAGGGGUUCACCAAAGAUCAGGUCCUGGACGCCCUGAGGAUAUUGCCAUUUCAUCCCGCCAUGCGCCGCGCUGUCCUCGGUCUAAGGGAGCGGAAUCCCAAUGUCGAAUAUCUAUGCCUCUCCAACUCCAACGAAGUGUACAUAAGCACUAUCCUUGAGCGUCACGGCCUGACAGACCUAUUCUCCAAUAUAAUCACCAACCCCGCUUCAUGGAAUAGCUCAAACUCCAACCGAUUAGAUAUCGGCCGUCGAGUACCGGCAAACGGCCCUCAACACGAUUGCAAGGUCGGAUGCUUAGCUAACAUGUGUAAAGGAGAAGAAUUGGAGGCCUAUAUCUCUGAGCGAGGUGGCAGGAGUUCGUAUGAGAAGAUCGUGUAUAUUGGUGAUGGUGGAAACGACUUUUGCCCACUAUUACGGAUGAAAGAGGGUGACUGGGCGCUCGUGCGGAAGAACAUGGAGCUAGAUGCCAGGAUCAAGAACGAAGGCGAGAAGGAGGGUCUGAAAGUCGAGGUGAAGAAGUGGUCUCAAGCUUGGCAGAUUGAUGAAUACUUUCAGGAACUGUAA